ACUGAGAGUAAGGAUUAAAGGUUUUAUUUUCAUGCUUAUUCCGACACUGGCGCGCUCACUUUUCUCAACACGCAUACCGAAAAUGAUUAAGGACCCACUUGUAUGGAUUGAUUGCGAGGUACGUGUUUUUAUGGAAGAAAGAAAGGAAGAAGAAAGGCUUACAGGUACACCAGAUGACAGGUCUCGAUAUUAGCAAGGAUCACUUGAUCGAGAUUGCAGUCUUGAUUACGGACGGUGAUCUUAAUAUUGUUGCAGAAGGACCAGAGUUAAUUAUUCACCAAUCAAAGGACGUCAUGGAUGAUAUGAAUGAAUGGUGUGUAGAACAUCACGGAGCUUCUGGAUUAACACAACAGGUGCUCGAUUCAAAAAUCUCUGUGGAGGAAGCCGAGAAACAAGUGACUGAAUUUUUAAAGCUGCAUGUACCUCAAGGUGUUGCACCUUUAGCAGGCAAUUCCGUUCAUGCGGAUAAAGUUUUCUUGUGUAAGGAGAUGCCCAGUGUUGUAGACCAUUUACAUUACCGUAUUGUGGAUGUCAGUACCAUCAAGGAACUCGCCAAGCGUUGGUAUCCUCAGAUUGCCAAAGGCGUUGUCAAGAAGGCUGGUCAUCGUGCUUUGGAUGAUAUCAUUGAGAGCAUUGAAGAACUCAAGUACUACAGACAGCAUGUGUUUAUCAAGUAAAAGGGAGAGAUCUGACAUUACUGUAUAUAGUAUGGUGAGACAAACCAAAAAUAAAGAGACGGGUAAAAAAUUAAAAGAUGGGGAAAAUCCCAUCUAUCCUCGGGUGGGAGCGAUUGGGUAACGGUAAAUAGUGCGGGGGAAAACUAUACUGAAACUUAAAAAUUGGGCAGUCGCUGGGAAAACAUGUGAAAUAUGGAAAAAAAAGCACUCUAUUUUUAAUAAAGUUGCCUCGGAGCGAAAUGGAGUACACCUUUUAAGUUAAAGUGUCGCGCCUUUUUAAAAAGUGCAGUGUCGGUAUGUGUUUAGAAAAAAGAAGUGUCGCAGAAUUCAAGAAAAGAGUGUUGUAAAUAUAAUUGUUUAUUAUCCAUGUUAAAUUUAAUGAUAUUUAAAGAAGGCUAUAUUCAAAAAUAUGGCAUUACUGACAGUGAUCUAAACUUGCUGGCCAAAGUCGUACUAUGAAGAGGUGAAUAGCAUUAAUGGGUA